ACCCCCAGCACUCAGACAAUGUCACUACACAGACCCUCUUCCCGUGGAAGCUCCGUGUAAGAGACUGUGCUGUGUUAGUCACGUUACCGUUCGAGAAUCUCCGGGAAAGCAGAUGGAAACAUACACACUGGUGGCGACAAUGGUGUUUGUAGCGAUGGUAGCGGGCUAUGUUAUAACAUCAUUCAUUCUCCUCAAAUAUCCCAAUCUCAUCCACAAAAGAAAGGUGCUGGCUUUCAGACCCAAGCACAUCAGCCACAGAGGAGGUGCUGCAGAAAACUUGGAAAAUACAAUGACUGCUUUUAAACAUGCAGCUAAGAUUGGCACCCAAAUGCUAGAGCUAGACUGUCACCUAACAGCUGAUGGACAAGUUGUAGUGUCACACGAUGUCAAACUUUCUCGUACAUGUGGUGAAGACAUAGCAGUUGCAGAAACAAAGUAUGAACAUCUUCCAUUGCUGAAAUACACACUUGAGCUUGAUUUUAAUAAUUAUCAUCAAGUGAGUGGGGAAGACAGACAGAUUCCACUAUUAAGGGAUGUGUUUGCAGCUUUUCCACUAAUGCCAAUAAAUGUUGAUGUCAAAGUAAAUGAUGACAAGUUGAUUCAAGAGGUGAAUGCCUUGAUACAAGAAUUUAAGAGGGAGCAUAUCACAGCCUGGGGAAACCAUAGUUCUGCAGUUGUAGAAAAAUUAUAUAAAACAAAUCCUAACAUACCCCUGAUUUUCUCACUGCGUCGUGUUGUUGAGCUUCUCAUCCUGUUCUACACAGGAUUACUUCCCUUUGUUCCAAUCAAGGAGUCGCUGCUAGAAGUCAUUAUGCCCACCAUUGUUCUCGACAAACGAAACUUCAAGAGAGAGUUCUCAAGAUCACAGAUCCUGCUUUUCAAAUUGAUGGAUAUUCUACUGAUGAGACCUGCUCUUAUAAAACACCUUGAGAAGCGAGGAAUACAGACAUAUAUAUGGGUACUGAACAAUGAAGAAGAAUUUGAUCGCGCGUUUCGACUUGGAGUAACAGGGGUUAUGACAGAUUUCCCAACCAUGCUUGCUGCAUAUCUUGACAAAAAAUAUCCAGGCUGGAAGAACUAUGAAAGCACAGGCAUUUCUUCCGAUGUUUCUGCUUUUUCACACUAGCACUAGUCAUUUCUAGUGCAUACAAUUGACAGAAAAUGGAAAACACUGUGUGAAAUGGCAAACAUUGUUAAAACAUCAUCAUUUAAAGACUUAAAAGGUUUAUCACAGACAGCAUUUCCGUACAUGCCUUCAAUUGAGGAACUGAUGGCUACACUAACUCAACAUGCAGCGAUGUGUUCUUCCAGCUAAUUCUGAGAACAGCAACUCAUUUAAUUUGGUGAACAUGACACCUGGAAUGCUAGAGAAGUGAUGCUGAAUUGCUACAGAAUUUCUAUUUUGAUAGAGAACAUUUUAUCGCUGCUGUAAGAGCUUAAAUUUUUGUAAGCUAAAGAAUAACAGCAGUCUUUUGUGUCAGCCAAGGAAAAGAAAACUUUUAUCAAGAUUAUUUUAGAGUGGGUGCUGCAUAGGUUGAACCGAAUAGAAAACAUUUUUCAACUGUAGUAUUUUGUGGGUUUUUUUUAAGCACUUUGUUGGUUUCUUAUAGUUAUGCAUAGGAUUCUUAUUCUGUAUCUCAAAAAGGCUUUGAUGGAUAUCUGGUUCUGGUUACUAAUUAGGUUGAAGAUUAUGCUUAGUAUUUUAACAAUUUAAUGGCUGUUGAAUUUAUAGCUGUAGUCUUCAAUAUGGUGACAUGGAUGUGUUAAUAUAUUUAUGGUAGAGUUUUUCAGGGUAACUCAGCAGUUCUGCUUUCACCUGGCAAAAAUGUUGCUGACAUGUAAGUUUAUAGAUAACUAGCACAGAAAUAAAACUCAUGCACUCAAAUCCUGGGCUUUAGUUGUUUGGGUUUUUCUUUGGUGGGCAGGAGGAGGGAGGGAUAGAUAUUUUACCUGCUCAAGUAAUUUGUUUCAGGGGAAGAGCACUGCGUAGCAAGAUUUAACAAUAUGCUCCAUUUCUUACAUGGUUUUUUAUUCAUGUGAAAAUAGUUUUAUUCAUUUCAAAGACCCUAAGAAUCAAAAUAUUCCCUUCAGUUUAUAUAUGUUGUAAGCAGUUGCAGAAUCUUGCGAAAUGUUGAGAGCAGGCAACAGCAUAUGUUCAGAGAUUUUUGUUUUUCUUCCUCUCCAACAAUCCUCCAUUAAAUCCUUUCUCAUGUGUCAUGGCGCCACAUUCCACUUGAAAGAAAGUUGCAUUGACGAGGCUUUACGUGAAAUUUUUUUAAAUGAUUGCUUCUAUUUUUUUAAUCUUUAAAAAUAUUGUGUAAAUUUUACAGUUGAAGAAAGUGAAAAAAGAUUUUUAUGUGUACAGGUUUAUUUUAAUAAUCAACUAAGCGAUACUACCUUAAAUGUUGCUAAAGUUCAACAGCUGUAAAUAUGUUUAAUUUUUUUUGUUGUUGUGAAAACGAAGGAAAGCACCAAUGUUUAAUUUCUGUAUGAUGUUAACUGUAAAAAUUCACAAAUUUUCAAGAAAUAGGGUAAAAACUGUUGCCAAGUAUUUAAAGACAUUUCAUCUGUAUAUCAUCUGUUCAUUCUCUGUAUCAGCUGUACAUCAUCUGUAUAUUGUUUUUGCAACAAUUUUGCUGUGAAAUUCUUUAGUGCUCACAGUCUUUGACCCGGUGUAUGGUGGUGUUCUGAAGUUGUAAGGUGCGUUUGUGGGUGUUACCUAAUCCUUUUACAUUAUGCUAAUUCUGUUUUUCAGUCUAACAAAAGUUAUGUUUUAUGUCUGGUCAGUGACAUAAACGAACUGUGGAUGGAAUGGACACCAUAUUGGGCAUUAUGUGACAUGAAAUUCAUUAUUAUACCUCUUAGGAAUCCCCAAUCAUCUUAUAAAAUUUCUUACUAAAAUGAUAUUUUUAUAAUCAUUUUAGCUCCUUGUCAGUGAAGGUAAAUAUUGAGAUUCUCUACAAAAAUGAUACCAUACAAGUAUCAAUGGGAGAAACAGUUGUUUGGUUUUACUAGCAUAGGAUGAUAUUUAGUGCUUUACGUGCUCCAAGAAUUACUGAAGGUAACAGAAACAAGAACAAUUCUGUGCACAAAAUUGUGGAGUAAGUCUUCUCAUGUAUUUCACCUUGCAGUGUAAUUGUUUGAAAUAUUCUCAGAGUGUAUCAUUUAUUUAUUUGGGUGCAUUGAAGUGUAUUUUACAAUUAUUUUCAGUUUUAUUUUGGAAUAUUUUGUUGUAUUGAGCAAUGCUUAUGAUGCUGAAUAUAUGAUAUGAUAUUUCUUGUCCAAAGUAUUUGAGCCUUACAUGGGCACUUUAAGCACAUUGUGUUUUUCACUUUUUCCAACCCAAGAAACUGACUAAAGCACAAUUAUGGCUUGUUGGAUGUUGGGUUUUAUUUUUAUUAUUUUUUUGUUAGUGUUUAUCAUGUUGAACAAACGCUUGUUUUUCUGUGGCUGAAAGUGCAAUUUGCCGCACUCAGCAGCAUUUGACUGGUUUAUUGUCACUGAAAAGUGAUUUUACUGUUUAAAAUGUUUUUUGAGACUUGGUGCUUGUGAGCAGGAGACACAUAUUUUCACAAGAUGAGAAAGACAUUCAGCAUUUAAUGUGCAAGUGCACAUAUAUAGCUUUCAUUUUUGUCUGUUGGAUUCUAAGAAUGAUAUUUUACUUAAAGGUUUUUUUUAAUAGGUUAUUAAAAAUUAUAGCUGUUUGUGUUAUGCAGUUGUUAAACUGUGUAUAUAAUACUAUAAAUACACUUUUGGGUCUUUUUGUAUAAAUUAUUUUGGAGAAAGAAUUAUUGUCUAUAGAAUUCCCAUGUUUCACUUAUAUUUCGGGUUUCGUGUCAUUUUAAAGAUGUGUUCAUCGCUAUUUUUGUGUUCAUGCUAUUAAGAUUUCCAACAGUAAGAUCUCUCAGUUAAAUGUGAUCAUCAGCUUGUUCUACUCAUUUUACUCCCUUGUUGCGUUACUAUGACCUGAAAGAUUGUUUUGUUAUUGUUUAAUGUUUUCUUUCAUUUAUAAAAAAAAUAAAUGUUUGAUUAGAUUUUGAA